AUGGCUGACUUUGUCCACUGCAAUUCCUGCUACAAGCAGCCAUCUGCCCAAGGCGACAACACAUAUUUCCUGACAAGCUGUUACCACAUACUCUGUCAGGGCUGUGCUGAUUUUACUCCUGGCGGUGAACCUAUUUCAUGUACCGUAUGCAAACGUGAAGUGAAGGCCGUCGAAAUCAACUCAGCACCAAAAAAGCUAAUAGCGGAAAAAUUGGCGUUAUUGAAGAGGAAAUAUGAUUUCCAGCAAACACUUGUGAAUAGUCUAUUGAGUCACAUAAAGAAGAUAAGGAAAAGUGAGGUGAAAAAAGAGUUGGCUGAUUUGAGGGAAUGGAUCAACGUUGCAGAAGUAAAAAUGAAGGAAAACGAGCAGGAGAAAGCAUCUCUGAAUCAAUCAUGA